AAUUGUUUCUAGUCACCACACACUGUCUCACUCACGCCAAAAUCCUUUCACUUCAGAGUUCGUUUACGAAAAUCCCUUCUAAUUCUCUCUCACUUGCCAUUUAUUCCCUCAGAAGUCAGUAGCUGCUGUUCUGAACACAUUGGAGUCUCGUUCUCCUUCUGCCUUUCUGCCAUUUUUAUACAGAAAACUUGCCCCCUCCCAGGUGAUGUAGCUGCAUGCUUGCACAUCCCAAAAGGCAAAGGGUUUUUGUUAAAUAAUGUAAUCUCGAGUAAAGUUUUCUUCUUUGUUAUUUUCUCUAUUUGGUCACUGCCCAUCUGCUCAAAAGGGUUCUAAGUUACCUGUAAUAUCAAUCAUGGGUUCUCGCUAAUCUGGCUGCAUAGAAUUCCUUUGUCCAGUUUUUUUCCAAAUUUCUAGUCUUUUCUUUUGUUCUAUCAGCAAAAAGAAGCAUUUUCUUGUGUUCUGUGAGUGCACAUUUGCUUAAAAUUGUUCUAAACCAUUCCAAAUGCUGUUUGUGAUGAUGGGUUUUCGCUAAUUUGCUUGUUCUUGCUGUGAAACCCUCAAAGUGUGGAACUUGAUUGCGAUUUUCGCCGGUUAAAGCUCGUAAAUUUGUACCAAAUAUCUGGUGUUUUAGCAUUUUAUUCACCUGGUAACAAUUAGGAGCAUUUUCUGAUACUAUAAGGGAGGGGUAGUGGAUCCAAGCUUUGUCCAAGUUUACUGCUAGUAGUGUGAUUUGAGCAUAUGUAUUGGAGUUAUUAUGGAAGAAACAUUUGUUCCCUUUCGCGGGAUAAAGAAUGACCUCAAGGGGAGACUUCUGUGCUACAAACAGGAUUGGACUGGUGGUUUACGCGCCGGAAUCAGGAUCUUGGCGCCAACAACAUACAUAUUCUUUGCUUCAGCAAUUCCUGUUAUCUCAUUUGGGGAACAGCUCGAAAGAAAUACAAAUGGAAGCUUGACUGCAGUACAGACUCUUGCAUCCACAUCACUUUGUGGCAUAAUCCACUCGAUUGUUGGAGGCCAGCCCCUGCUUAUACUAGGGGUGGCUGAGCCAACGGUAUUGAUGUAUACAUUUAUGUUCAACUUUGCCAAGGACCGGAAGGAUUUGGGGCAGAAACUCUUCUUAGCCUGGACUGGAUGGGUAUGUAUGUGGACAGCCCUUUUGCUCUUCUUGCUGGCGGUUCUGGGUGCAUGCUCUAUUAUCAAUAGGUUUACGCGUGUUGCUGGUGAAUUGUUUGGUCUGCUAAUUGCAAUGCUUUUUAUGCAGCAGGCCAUAAAGGGACUCGUGGAGGAAUUUGGCAUACCCCAGAGAGAAAAUCCCAAUCAGACUGCACUGCAACCUUCUUGGCGGUUUGGCAAUGGAAUGUUUGCGCUAGUUCUGUCAUUUGGCCUUCUUUUAACUGCAUUGAGAAGCCGUAAAGCUAGAUCCUGGCGUUAUGGCACAGGUUGGCUACGGGGAUUAAUUGCGGAUUAUGGAGUUCCAUUUAUGGUGCUUGUUUGGACUGCGGCCUCUUACAUACCAGUUAAUGAUGUCCCUAGAGGAAUCCCAAGACGACUGUUCAGUCCAAACCCAUGGUCUCCUGGUGCAUACUCAAAUUGGACAGUUAUCAAGGAGAUGAUGAAUGUACCUCCAUUAUAUAUAGUUGGAGCAUUUAUACCAGCAACUAUGAUCGCUGUGCUCUACUACUUUGAUCACAGUGUUGCAUCUCAACUUGCCCAACAGAAAGAAUUUAAUCUGAAGAAACCGGCUUCAUAUCAUUAUGACCUUCUCCUUCUGGGUUUUCUGGUCAUGUUAUGUGGGCUUAUUGGCAUUCCCCCUUCCAAUGGAGUAAUCCCACAAUCUCCUAUGCAUACAAAAAGCUUAGCUACUCUAAAACAUCAGCUUUUGCGGAAUAAGCUUGCAUCAACAGCUCGAAGUAGUAUACGCAAAAAUUCAAGUUUGAGUGAAUUAUACCAGAGCAUGAAAGAUGCAUACAACGGAAUGCAGACUCCACUAGUCUACCAACUUCCAUCUGCUUUGGGACUAAAAGAGCUGAAAGAAUCCACACUCCAAUUGGCCUCUAGUGCUGGCUACAUCGAUGCCCCUGUUGAUGAGACUGUUUUUGAUGUGGAUAAGGAUAUUGACGAUCUUCUGCCCAUUGAAGUAAAAGAGCAACGUCUCAGCAAUCUGCUUCAAUCAUUGAUGGCUGGUUGUUGUGUAGGUGCUAUGCCUGUUUUGAAAAAAAUCCCAACAUCAGUUCUUUGGGGUUAUUUUGCUUUCAUGGCGAUUGAAAGCUUGCCUGGAAAUCAAUUUUGGGAGAGAAUAUUGUUUCUUUUCACUGCUCCAAGUCGAAGAUACAAGGUGCUGGAGAAGAAUCAUGGAACCUUUCUUGAGACAGUGCCUUUCAAAACAAUUGUGACCUUCACAUUGUUCCAGACGGCUUACUUGCUUAUGUGUUUUGGCUUAACAUGGAUCCCGAUUGCUGGGGUGCUAUUCCCAUUGUUGAUCAUGCUUCUAGUCCCAGUGCGGCAGUAUUUUCUCCCUAAGUUUUUCAAAGGUGCUCACCUUCAAGACCUGGAUGCUGCAGAAUAUGAGGAAGCCCCUUCCAUCACUUUCAACCUGCCCCUUGAAGAUCUGGAUCUUCAAUCAAGAACCACUAACAUAGACGGUGGGGAGAUGCUUGAUGAAAUUAUCACAAGAAGCCGCGGUGAGAUCCGCCACACUCAUAGUUCAAAAACAUCAAGUUUGAACCCUACUCCGCUAGAAGGUAGCCCAAGGAUGUCACAGAUAGUGCACUGCCCCCGUUUAAAUGAACUGAGAGGAGAAAGAAGCCCCCGACUGAGUGCACAGGGACUUGAAACAACACAGGCUUCCAGCCCUGGGCCAUCUACCCUCGGACAAAUCUCUCGUGGUUCUUCAAGCUAAAAAUUGCAACUCUGGUGAGAUUAUUCUUGGCAAUGAUCUCGAGAGGUUAUGAACUAAGUUUGUGUGUAACGAAGUGUCAUCUUUGUAGGUGUGUUUCUAACUUUUUAUGAUUACGAUAAUGCAAGAGCUGUAAUUAUACACGUAAUUUUCUCAUUCAAACUAAAUGCAAACUACGCAGCCUACAAAAUCCCUGAUUCAAUCUUA